AUGUCUUCUGCACUACGAAUUACCACCGCCUCGGCGGCGCGCAUGUUGCGCACGAAUGCGAUGAUCCCCAGAGCUUCGGUCAUCGGUCGUCGAGCAGCCAGCAGCGACAACGGCUCUCCGAUUCCCUCUAUGGAAGGCGCCCGCGUGCCUGAGAAGCUCCCCAAGGAGGACUCGCCUCUGAACACGCCCAAGCGGAACUCGCCCGAUUACGAUGUUCCUAUUGAUAUAGCCACUUCCACCUGGACCCCAGUCCCCAAGCACAUCCAAAAUGGUUCCGAGGAGGGUAUCCUCCCGGCCGCCGUCGUCUCCGGUGCUCCCAUGGAACUUCAGGCUCGCACCGUCCGCAUCUUCCUCCCCUCCAAACCCGCCACCCAAUCCUCCAACUCCCGCGUCCUGUGGCGCAUGGACUGGGACGUCCUCGAAAAGGGCCACCGGUGGGAGAACCAGCUGAUGGGCUGGCAGUCGUCUGGCGACUUCGUGCAGGGCACCCACCUCAACUUCCGCACCAAGGAGGAGGCUAUUGCUUUUGCGGAGAAGCAAGGGUACGAGUAUUUCGUGCAGGAGCCGAACCAGCGCCACUUUACGCCCAAGGCGUAUGCGAACAACUUUUUGUAUAGCCCCAAGAAGUUGAAGAUUGUUAGGACUAAGUAA